GCUCUGAGCGAAUGCUACUUCUCCAGACGGGAGGAUGAAGUGAACAGUGCGUGUUGUUCGCUGCUCUGGACGGUACUGGGAUGUAUUUAGGAAGAAGAGCCGGGCAGCAGAGACCCACCAGCAUCACCGCCUCUGAGCCUGACAUGAAUGAUAAGUGAAAGACCUCAUUCAAAGGACCGAGCAUCUGGCAUCUGCACAAACCUGCCGGGCUUCACUCAGUCUCUGCUCUACCACAAAUUUGGACAUCUUGGACCUACCUCCAUUGAUGUUUAAAACCCUUUAAAGCCAGAGGGACUUUUCGUUAUAGAAUUGUGAAUGCAUUUUUUGUGUUUAUUUAUUGUUUUCAUUUUUUUAUAAUUUUUAAAAAGGGAGUUGGUUGAGUUGGGUGUGUUUUUCUUUUGUGAAGCUUCAAGACAAACUUCUACCAUGGCCCUGAUUAUGGAGCCUGUGAGCAAGUGGAGCCCCAGUCAAGUGGUAGACUGGAUGAAAGGCCUGGACGACUGCCUGCAGCAGUACAUCAAGACUUUCGAGAAGGAAAAAGUAGGGGGAGACCAGCUGCUACGCAUCACCCACCAAGAACUGGAAGAUUUGGGAGUGUCCAGGAUUGGCCACCAGGAGCUCAUACUGGAAGCUGUGGACUUGCUCUGUGCACUGAAUUACGGUCUGGAGACUGAGAAUCUGAAGACGCUUUCUCACAAGCUCAGCGCAUCUGCAAAAAACCUGCAAAAUUUCAUCACGGGCCGGCGACGCAGCGGCCAUUACGAUGGCCGAGCCACUCGCAAGCUGCCCAACGACUUCCUCACUUCUGUGGUGGACCUCAUCGCUGCUGCCAAGAGUCUGCUUGCAUGGCUAGACAGGUGCUCUUUCUUUUUCAGGUCACCUUUUGCUGCAGUGGCGGAUUACUCUGUGACCAGAAACAAUGUGAUCCAGCUGUGUCUCGAGCUCACUACAAUCGUGCAGCAGGACUGUUCUGUGUAUGAAACUGAAAACAAGAUCCUGCAUGUGUGUAAAACUUUGUCUGAAGUGUGCGACCAGAUUAUCUCUCUGUCCUCGGACCCCAUGGUGUCUCAGUCCGCACACUUGGAGGUGGUGCAGCUCGCCAACAUAAAGUCCACCGAAGGCUUGGGUAUGUACAUCAAGUCAACAUAUGAUGGUUUACAUGUGAUCACCGGGACCACAGAAGGAUCCCUGGCUGAUCGCUGUAAGAAGAUCCAUGCUGGAGAUGAAGUCAUUCAGGUCAACCAUCAGACAGUAGUGGGCUGGCAGCUGAAGAACCUGGUGAACCUGCUGCGUGGGGACCCUGCAGGUGUCACCCUAACACUGAAGAAACGCCCACAGAGCACACUCACGUCAACUCCUGCUCUGCUCAAAAACAUGAGAUGGAAACCAUUAGCCCUGCAGCCUAUCUUCCCUCAGAGCCCCAGCAGCAGCGUCGCUACGCCCACCAGCACUUUAAGCACUCCCUCCAGGCGGAGUAGCUGCGCCCUGCAGGAUCUGUACAUUCCGCCUCCUCCACCAGAGCCUUACACUCCCAGAGACGACAAGGCAAAUGUGACAGACAAAGAUCCUCAGUCGGAUGCCCCAGCCGCAGAGCGAUCCGAUUCACCAAACUCCUAUCUGGACCAGGAGUGUCGGCGACAAUUCCCUCUGGUGGAGGAAGACUCCAUACUCUACUGUUACGAGUACGACCAGAACCAGGAGGCUUCAUCGGUACGCAGGGGAAGCACUCCCACCUAUGGCAGGCUCAGGCCCAUCUCAAUGCCCGUGGAAUACAACUGGGUGGGAGAUGACGAAGACCUGGCGAAGCUGAGGAGAGAGAGCAGGAGAGAGAACUCCCUCCUGCGUUUCCCCAGUGAGGACAAACCCUCUAGUGAGAAUUUCCUAUUGGGCCGCAGUCUGAGUCAGAACAGGAGGAAGAUGGAGAGAGGAAGCAGCCCCACCCACUACACGCUUGUUCCUGCCCUGGAAGUCGCCAUGUCCACGUCCAGCUCCGACUCCGCAUCGCUUUAUCAUGUGUUUGAGCGAUCCUCAAUGCUGUCUAGGUCUAAGAAGAAAAAACAAGCUGCAAGCCCGAUGUCUUCAAUCAGUAAACGAAGGAUUUCCUGCAGGGACCUGGGUCAGGGGGAUUGCCAGGGCUGGCUGUGGAAGAAGAAAGAUGCUAAAACAUAUUUUUCGCAGAAGUGGAAGAAGUACUGGUUCAUUCUGAAAGACACGUGCCUUUACUGGUACAUGAAUGAAGAGGAUGAAAAGGCAGAGGGCUUUGUGAGCCUCCCAGAAUUCAGGAUUGAUCGUGCCACUGAAUGCAGAAGAAAAUAUGCUUUCAAGGCUUGCCAUCCCAAGAUAAAGACCUUCUACUUUGCUGCGGAAAAUGUAGAUGACAUGUCCCGGUGGCUAAGUCGCCUCAGUAUGGCUGUUGCAAGCUUCUCUGAGCAGGAGAAAAUGCGCCAGGAACAAGAUUACUGGAGCGAGAGUGAUCAUGAGGACUUAGAGAUGCCCCCAGUGCCCAAACGGGACAGUCCACCACCACCUUAUGACACCUAUCCCAGAGCAGCCUCAGUAAGUCCCUACCUGGAGCCAAAGCGUAGCCAUCUCUCCUCUUCUGACACAUUCCAGUCCCGUUCCUCACAUGAGGAGUUUCACUCGGAACCUCAGGAAAACAGCAUCAACAACAGCAUCUCCCCCGGGCGGAAGACGAACAGCCAACGAAACUCGUGGCAUGACCAGAUGGAAGGCAACUCCAGGAUGCACUACCUGCAGACGUAUCCUGUGGAAGAAUCCAUGCAGUCUACGGACAGAGAUCACCUGGCCAUGGAGUAUCGCAGGCAGUCCACUCUACCUGCACAGCGCAGCCUGCUGCAGGAGCAGUACAGGGCCCUGCCGCUGCCCCUCAGGGCAAGCAUCGAGUCCGACGCAGGAGGGAAACCUCGCAGCUUUACACUUCCCAGAGACAGUGGACUCCAUGCUAUCCUGGCUGCUACUGCUGCAUCGGAUCAGAGGGAGACCCAGAACUACCAGCUUGACCGGGCCAGAGAAACAGGUCGUGGACGUGACUGCAGAAUGCAGACCGACUCACUGGUGGAUUUGUACCGGGCUCUGGAGCAGACCAGUUUGUCCACCUCUGCUGACCACCGAUCAGCCAGUCGCCUAGAGUACAAACGGUCCUUUGUCCGCAGAGUUAACGACCCCCUUCUAAAUGACAAGCUCCACCGCUUGCGGAUCCUUCACAGCUCACUGAAGAAUGUUCCUCUUCAAGACACAAACCAGUCGCUGGGGUUUUUAGGUUAGCCCGCUGAGCGCCACCCCCACAGCUUUGCCUCUGCAUAUUUGGAGUCAAAGGCACCAAAAACACACAUUUUACCUCCUCAGCCAUCCAUCUAUCUUUUUUCUUUCUACUGCUUCUCUCAAAAGCAGAAACAAAAACAACUGAUGUCGCUUUUUGCCUUAUCUCAUUCUCAAGGAGGGAUCCAAACAAAGAUUGGAUUAAUUGAAAGCACUUUGUUUCCAUUACACAUAUUCAUCUCAGAGCUUUUAAAAUCAUCACUUCCAUGCAUUUUAACCUCCCUCUCUUCUGUUGAUUGUUUUACACCUUUAUGCUGGAGUUGUGUACAGCUCCUCUUCAAAAGCAAUUUUUGGUUCUACGCCACUUUUUAUUGUGCAUGUACAUUUGAUCCCUGGGUAUGUUCUGUGAGUGUACAGGGUGUUAAACAUAUUAACAUAUGUUGUAUAUUUAAUAUUACAUUCCUACAACAGUGACCACACCACGUUUUGUUUGGCUACUUAUUUAAUCUGUACAUCAAGUGCUGUGCCUCAGUGAUAGUGAAUGUAAAUUGUACCUUUUUAAAUAAAGAGAGACGAGAUAAGAUUCAGAGAGCGAGCUAAUUCCUCAGAACAGAGGCACAAAAAUGUAACGCCUGGCAAUAAUGAGCUAAUGUUGUAAAUUACAAUGGAGCGAUAAGAAUAGUUGUCUAUUUUUGUAUGCAUGCUGUCUACCUGAUUGUUUGUAUGACAGUUUUGUAACUCUAAGUGCAUUUGGUUCAGAGAAUACUGGUGUUAUCUCUCCCACCCUUCAUCCCACACCACAUGCCCACAACCAGCACAGUGUGUUUUCUGUACUUAUUAUAAACACUGGCCCAAAAAUGUGAUUUUUUUUUCUCUUAAUGUUAACCAUAAAAUAUAGGAAAAAAAUGUAUUUAGUAAGUGUUUAAUGGAGAAGCAUGCUCUGUAAGACUAAAGUACAUUACCAUGCUAUUUGAAAUGGACUCAUACUGCACACCUGUGCCAUAUUGUAGCUACAUAUUUUUUUUUCUAUUUUAAGAUUAAAGUAUGGUACAGGCAUAAA